ACUGGGGAAAGUGUUGAGGAGACUGUGCAGUUGUGUGAUUUGCUGAAGGAGGCAAAGAUCUUCUUCACAUGGAAGCUGUGCUCAUUGAUGAGUGAAAGUGUCCGCACAUGUCAGGCUAAAGGCAGUUGUUGGGUUCCUAACAGGACAGCGCGUCUUGCAAACAUAUGCGCCCGGCUGAGUAUACAGAUGGCAGCCAGAAGAAUGGCACAGGCGCCUUUUAUAAAGCUCUAGUCGCUGCGUCUCCAGAGCCGGCAAAAGGAAAGCGCUCACAUUCAGCGCCAGCCAGCGCCUGGGAUUGUUUGUUACCGUUUUAAUCCUAUUAAUUAAAACGUUAACCUGAUUGGGUAGAAAGCUCUGUCCCAACAGGCGGCUCUUCCCCAUAAUAACCUACUCACAGAUAAUGAUGUAAAAGACUCCCCCGUCUGAGGCGGCUGCUGCUGUUACUGCUUGAUGGCUCCUGAAAUCUCUUGAAGGGGAAUCCAGGCAACAUAAACGCUGCGACAGAUCGUUCCGUGUCACAAUGUUUGCGCGCUGUGCAGCAGCAGGAGGCUGGAGCUGAAGAGAGAGAGAGGGGGACGCGGAGCUCAAGGAUCAGCCAGGGGAGAAAGUGACAACGUUUCGGCCCCGAGCAGAGACAGUUUCUCGCACUAGGGAAGGGGGAAGAUGGAGAGGGCGCUGAAGCUGGCAGAAGAGGACUUGUUCCACAAGAGCCUGAGCGCAAAGAGGAUGGAGUCUGCCUUCCGUUCCCCUCCUGGGCUCGAUGGACCCGACCCGUCCGACCUGCUGCGACACCACCAGCAACUCCAUCAGCAGCAGCUUCACAACCAGGCAAACUCCGGGGCGCUGAGCGCAGGUGCAGCCAGUGAGUCUUUGGCACUAGCCAACAUGUGCGCCAAAUACGGGGAGAGCGCCGGCGGCGGCAGGGGGUCAGUGGCAGAGAGCAGCGGCGGAGAGGAGCAGAGCCCGGACGAUGACAGCGAUGGGCGCUGCGAGCUGCUGCUGAGAUCGGCCGAGCACAUGGCCAACCAAGCCGCAAUGAAGGUGCUGGAUGUGCCGUGCGUCCCCGGAGGAGGCAAAAAGUCCAAGGAGCAGCGGGUGCUCCGGCUCAACAUCAACGCCCGGGAGAGGAGGCGAAUGCACGACCUGAACGAUGCCCUGGACGAGCUGCGGUCCGUGAUCCCAUACGCUCACAGCCCCUCCGUGCGCAAACUCUCCAAAAUAGCCACCUUGCUCCUGGCCAAGAACUACAUCCUCAUGCAGGCGCAGGCGCUAGACGAGAUGAGGCGGCUCGUGGCUUAUCUGAACCAAGGCCAGGCCAUCUCCGCCGCCUCCAUCCCCAACUCCGCCGCUGCUGUCGCCCUGCACCCGGCACUGGCAGCCUAUGAGCCGGCGGCUACAGCGGGAUAUCCCUUCAGCACCGGGCUGCCCUCCGCCUCCUCCUGCCCGGACAAGUGCGCUCUGUUCAGCAGCGUCUCCAGCCUGUGCAAACAAUGCACCGACAAGCCUUGACCCGGGGACACUCUGCCUGGAACUAAUCCCUACCUUGCACUUGGCCUCCUACAGAUGCCCCUCUCUCUCUAUGGAGAUGCCCACCCUGCUGUUACCCCACUGAUGCCCCCAAAGUGCUGCGGGGAUUUCUAGUUGCACAACAGCUGGGGGACCGCAGGUUGGACACAAUUAUAUACUGGGGGGAGGUUAAAGAAACUUUUGGCUGCUAAAGAAACUGUGAGUGUGGAAGUAGCCGGUACCUAGUGCAGCAGCACCCCAUGAUACAGCUCCACCUGACACCCUCCGCCUAUUCAACUACAACUCCCAGCAACCUCUUGUCAACUUGGGAUUCUUUAAUAGAAGGGGGGAUCGGAUAGGCGUAAGAUAAGCAUCUUUUUUUAAAAUCAGUUAUUCUCCUUUAUUUUGAUUUUUAAACCUUUAUUGCUUAUUCUUUCUCCCCUCUCCUUCCCAAUCUGAUUUCGUUUGACCGAGGGACUUUACGCCUAUAACCACCCACUGCGAAUAUAAUUUCCCAUUUUUUUAUUCUAGAAAUAAGACAAGAAGACAAUUUAAAACCCGAGAUGGGAUGUGGAGUUAUUCUCUAGGUCGCUCUUGCAAUUGCUGUGCCAAUAGCUGAACUAUUGUGGCAAAUCAGAAACAAAUAAAAAAAAAAAUGGGCACUUGAAUUUGAUAUUAAUGAUACUGAGCCAGGAAAACACUUGAAAUAUAGACUUGUUUAAAUACAAAACAAAAAAAAAGAAAUAGACUAAAAUUGCAAGAAUAUGAAUCAUUUGUAUUUUUUAAUCGUGUCUGAACUUUGUACGACAUUGCUCCAAGUUUUGGGUGAGGGUACAGCUGGUGCGAGUGAAACUCAUUAUUUUUUAACGAAAUCAUUCGUGUGCACCUUGGGUUAUCCAUCCUGAAUGUUGUGCAACUGAUUCCAUUUCUAUGUUCCACUUGCGAGACUAUUUAUCAUGUGUUCUAGAUGAAAAGGAUGUCAGAUGAUGAAUUAAUAUUAUUAUGAUGAUGAUGAUGAUGAUAAUGAUUAUUGACUUUGUUUGGAGAUAAUCUCUGCUGGAUUAAUUUAUAUACCUUGUGCCAAGUGUUUAAAAUGAAAUAGACAAUAAUAUAUGAUGAGAUGGAGAGGAGUGAGGCUGGUUUGAAAGGUCAGUUUAAUUUGAAAUUGCUUCAUCACUGUAUUUAACACUGAGCUUUAAUAAAUUGCUUCAGUCCAAAAAA